GUCAGAAUCAAAGAGUAAAAUAACUAGCUUGUCAGAAUAUUAAAGUCCCACCGCUAAGCUUGCGCUAAACUUAAACUAGUUAUCAGUUUACUCUAUAUUCAGUUUAAUAUAAGCUACAGUUUGUUGCAGUCGUCUCUAACAUUUCACUGUAACAUAAUACUUAAGAAAUAAACACAAUGGAAAAUAAAACUGAUUUCCAAUAUCCUCAUACUUUUGUACUUCUUGGAGCGUCGGGUGAUCUUGCUAAGAAAAAAAUAUAUCCGACAAUUUGGUAUUUAUAUCGUGAUAAUUUAUUACCGAAAAAUACAAAAUUCAUUGGCUAUGCUCGAACGAAACAGACUUUAGAAGAUAUCAAGGAACAAUCAAAGAAGUAUAUAAAAGUGCGACCCGGUGAUGAAAAGAAAUUGGAAGAGUUUUGGGAAGCGAACGAUUAUGUUUCUGGUUCCUAUGAUAAAAGAGUUGACUAUGAACUUUUAAAUCAACAUAUUAGCAAGUUUGAAAAAGGACCAACUGCUAAUAGAAUAUUUUACUUAGCAGUGCCACCCACAAUAUUUGAAGAUGUUACGGUUAACAUAAGAAAUGCUUGUGUUGCUCUCAAGGGAUAUACUCGAGUCAUUAUAGAAAAACCAUUUGGUAGAGAUGAUGAAAGUUCUGAUAAAUUAAGUAAUCACUUGGCCAGUUUAUUUAAAGAAGAACAGAUUUAUAGAAUUGACCACUACCUAGGUAAAGAAAUGGUCCAAAAUUUGAUGACACUGAGAUUUGCCAAUCAAAUUUUUAGCCCUUCUUGGAACAGGGAAAAUAUUGCUUCGGUCUUAAUAUCUUUUAAAGAACCCUUUGGAACCGAAGGUAGGGGAGGUUAUUUUGAUAAUUUUGGAAUAGUGCGAGAUGUCAUGCAAAAUCACCUUUUGCAAAUACUUUCACUAGUUGCUAUGGAGAAACCAGUAACUUUGAAUCCUAAUGACAUUAGAGAUGAAAAAGUUAAAGUUCUAAGGCAUAUAAAGCCUAUACAACUCCAAAAUGUAUUGGUUGGCCAGUAUGUUGGCAACCCUACUGGGCAAGGACAAGAAAAACUUGGUUACCUUGAUGACCCAACUGUGCCUAAUGAUUCUGUGACUCCAACAUAUGCAAUAGCUGUUUUAUACAUUGACAAUUCACGAUGGCAAGGUGUUCCAUUCAUUCUAAGAUGUGGAAAAGCUCUGAAUGAAAGAAAAGCUGAAGUAAGAGUGCAAUAUAAAGAUGUACCUGGAGAUAUCUUUGGAGGUCAUACAAAAAGAAAUGAAUUAGUGAUACGUGUGCAACCUGGUGAAGCCUUAUAUUUGAAGUUGAUGAGUAAAUCUCCAGGAAUGAAAUUUGAUUUAAUGGAAACUGAAUUAGAUUUAACAUAUAGUAUGCGCUACAAAGAAGCUGAUGUACCUGAUGCUUAUGAAAGAUUAAUACUGGAUGUUUUUACUGGAACUCAGAUGCAUUUUGUAAGAAAUGAUGAAUUAAAGGAAGCAUGGCGUAUUUUCACACCAGUGUUGAAACAAUUAGAGGAGCAACACAUAAAACCACUCAGUUAUGUGUAUGGAUCUCGAGGACCACCUGAAGCAGAUGCUAAGUUAGCUGAAUGUGACUUUAAGUAUUCAGGAUCUUACAAAUGGCAAAAACCAACAUUUUCUUAGUAGUGGCUACUACUUAUAUCUUAAAUAAAGGUGGAGGUAUUUUAUUGCAGCCUUAUGUUGGUUUUUUUUAUUUUAUUUGCUGCACAGGUAUAUUAUUUAAGCUUAGAAGGUGUUUUCUCAUUCUCAUUCCAAAUUUUUCCAUUCUUAAUUUUAUAUUUCUACUAAGGUCAUUUAAAAGUCAAAUAGCUUAAAGUGAGUUUAGAACAUAAGUUACAUGUUGUUUUUUAUAAUAGAACAAUAAAUUAUAUUAAUUUAUUAUCAUGCUUAAAUCUUGAUUUGUGAUUUAAAAAAUAAUAAAGAAGACAGUAUCUAAUUGUUAACAAAAUUGAUUUUAAGAAAGUCCACUACAUACAAGUUAGUUACACUGAUUAUGCAGAGGUCAAAGAUUUCACCUUGAAAUGCAGAUUUACUGUUAAUAUUUCAGUUGCAAUGGGAUUGUACAAAUGUUAUAAAGACAUAUAUUUCAAUUUAUAAAUAUAGUAUAUGUAUCAUUUAUGUUAUAACAUUGUGUAAUUUUUUAUACUCUACAAUUGAUAUUAUUUGGCUCAAAACAAUUACUAAGCAAUUCCUGCUUCAAUAUUGAUAAGUGUUUAUCGUAUAUGAGAUAAGUUUUCUGGAAAGUGUAAUUGAUUACUGUCACUGAUAAAUUUGCUUGAUAAAAGAUUAUUGUUAUUCUUAUUAUUAUUGGUAUAAAAUACAUUUCCUGUUAAUGUUAUUGUGAACAAAAA